UUUCCAAAGAAAUACCAUUGACCAACUCAAACCUUGUAAUUUGUUCUAUCAAUUUUGAUUUUGUUUCCCUCCAUUGUGUUUGAGCUCUGCAGCUCUUACUUCUCGGCUCACAUGCUAAUGAUGCUAUAGACCCUAAGUGGGGCUGCUUGAUACUCGAUUUAUCCCUCAAACGCUGCCUAACACCAAACCCUGUUGCCAAUUCCUCAACUGAAAGACGCAAUAGAAGUCAGAAGACCUCUCAUCCAGAGUUGAUGGCGUUGCCUUUCGGUGAAACUGAACCCAUCCAACUAUUCGUGAAAAUGAUGAAUUCGGAAGCUCCACCUAUAGAAAUCAAUGCGGAUGCUAAUAAUCGUAUACAGAUUAUCCACGAGAAAAUUCUAGUGACCUGGAAAAUUCCAGUUACGGGACAGAGAUUAUUUUAUGAGAGGAAGCAGCUACUGCGCCAGGACAGGCUUAUCGACUACUCAAUUCAAAACAAAGCCUGCCUUGAGCUGAUGGUUGGAUGGGAUGACAAGGACGACCCCUCGGACAUCCUCCAAAUGAUUCAUCAAAUGAGUUCAAACAUUUGUCGCAUGUGCCAAGGUCAAGAUGAAUCUGCUUCCACAUAUAAAGAUUGCUUUGAUAUCCUUAGGGAAGCGUUGAAGCGCGAGGCAGAAGUGGGGAUUCUCUCUUUGUCUUCUGUCCCUGCAACUUUAGUUAUGUUGUAUAGCUCACCAAUUGGAGGUAACAAAUCCUAUGGUAAUAAUUUGAUAAGGCUUUCCUUGGAUACCUUAUUGAUGACAGAUAAUGGGAUUUCGGCUGGUAAAAUAGCUUAUUUAGGAGUAGAAUUUUGUAUUUUGCUCAGAGAAGUAUCUUGUGAAGAUCUUCUGUAUAAGUCAUGCCGAACUAUGCUAGCAGAUUAUUUAGAACAUAAUUAUGAGAUCUUAUACGAUUAUUAUCCAGGGGCAGUGAUCGAAAUUCUAUUCUUUGCUAUCAAGUUAUCAGAAGACUUAUCCAAUGGAUUGUGUAAUAUCUUCUAUCGAAGCGAAUACAUCGAGUCACUGAGAAUUCAAGUUCGUGACUUGGGGAAAUUUUUAUGCGUACCACGUAAAGUAAUCAAUGUUCAGAUAAAUGAGGAUGAGGAUGAUGACAAGAAUAUCAUGAUUGGCUAUACAAAUGCUGUAAUUAAUGUUCUUUUUAAAGAUCACUUGAAGGAUAUGAAGCAGAAUCUUACUCGUCUUCCGGAUAUGAUAAAAAUAUUUGAAAGACUUCAUACAACGCAUUCUGUUUCACUUCUGUAUUUGGCCAUUCUGAAUGAAUUGAACAGCAUUUCUCAACUUGUGAAGGAUGGUGCGGAUAAAUUGCAGCGUGCAUUAGAAGGCCAGAAGAAUUCACUGCAAAUAAUGGUUAGAAACAUUAUGCGUAGUGAUGAUUAUGAUUGGUUUCUUAAGCACAUUGUUGUGCUUGAUUCUGAAUCCAGGAUGCAUUUAGUAAUGAUGAAGAUGUUCCCUGAGAAAAAGUUACGCGACGCACAGCUCCUCAACCCUCUCUUCUGCUGGUCUGAAAAGUUGGACAAAAAGCUGUUCAAUGCAUUCAAAUAUAAGGAUCUUACAGAUCCUAAAAUAUUGCAUCCUUGGUUAUGCAAGGUAUGCCAAGUUUUAUUCGAACCAAAAAAUCUCUUAUUCCGAGCAUGCCCAGAUAAUCCUACAGAUUUCUAUCCUAAUCCUGAAUUGGAACCAGAACCCUUUCAUCUUGACUGUUUCAAAUUUGCUGGUCAAGUGAUUGCACUAGCACUGAUGCAUGAAAUACAAGUAGGUGUUGCCUUAGGUCGUGUGUUUCUUAUGCAAUUGGCUAGAAAGAAUAUUUCGUUAGAAGAUGUAAAGGAUGCAGAUCCAUGCUUCUACAAUAGGUGCAAGGAGUUCAUAAAUAAGGAUGACCUGUCAGCUUUGGAAUCUCCUAAAGUGAAGUUUGGAUUCAAGACUGGCAAGACCAUGAAACUUUACCCAAGCCAUGGUUAUAUUAAAUCUCUUGUUCGGCAUUGCUUUGUCCACUCAAUCUCAAAACAGGUGUCCUUUUUCAGUAAAGGCUUUGAGAUGAUUUUUAAAACGUCAAUAAGCCAGCUACUUGAAGAUUUUAAAGGACUAAAGCUUGAAGAUCUUAACCAUGUGCUAAAAGGAAACGGAAAUGCUGGGUCUAAUUUUGGUAAGAAGAGAAAAUCUCUGAAUCAUGAAUGCAAUGGAAGUGAUCCUCUGAUGUCCCAAUUGCAAAAGAUUAGAAGAAGGAGAAUUAAUAUUACGGAUUGGCAAUGGGGUGAUUUCCUAGGCAGUGGCUCAUUUGGACAAGUACAUGAAGGUUAUACUUCUGAUGGUUUCUUCUUCGCAGUAAAGGUAGCUCCAUUAUUAGAAGGAAAAAAAGUUGACCAAAUUGAGCAAGAGAUUGCUUUGCUACGUCAGUUCAGUCAUCCAAAUAUAGUGAAAUAUUUUGGCACUCAUAAGGAUGAAAUGAAUCUCUAUAUUUUUCUUGAGCUUGUAAGAGCAGGUUCCCUCGAAAAACUUUAUCAGAAGUUUCAACUUCAAGAUUCUCAAGUGUCUUUGUACACAAAGCAAAUACUAAAAGGUUUAAAAUACCUUCAUGAUCGAAAUGUAGUCCACAGAGACAUUAAAUGUGCAAACAUUUUAGUUAAUGAGAAUGGAUGUGUGAAAAUUGCAGAUUUUGGAUUGUCAAGGGUGACCAACUUAAAAACUCUAAUGAAGUCUUGCUGGUGGAAUCCUCGUUGGAUGCCUCCUGAGGUUGUUAAUGGGAAGGGAGGAGGGUAUGGAUUGAAAGCGGAUAUAUGGAGUGUUGGCUGCGUAGUGUUGGAAAUGUCCACGCGCCAAAUUCCAUACUCUCAUUUGGAACCUGGAGCUGUAGAUUACAGCAUUGGAGAAGGUAAGCUACCUCGUCUUCCCGAUUCUCUCACAGAGCAUUCACGAGAUUUCAUCCUGCAAUGCUUGCAAGUUAAUCCAAAUGACCGGCCGACUGCUGCUAAACUUUUAGAGCAUCCAUUUGUAAAAGGGCGUUGCUCUUAGCAUGCUUGCUUCUCAAUAAAUUGUGCUUCUGCGUUUCUUGUAAGAACUAUUGCAAUGAUGCUGUUGGUUUUU